UCUGAUUGGUUGACAUGUAACUAAGCUUUGAAUUGUUCGGAAGGGCGAUGUUAGGUGGAGUACUGAUUGGUCAGUGAAAGCUGAACGGUGAUUGGCCUGAGCGUCGUGUGCAGGAUGGCGGCGUCGAGCUGUGUGGUGAUCACUGAUGAUGAACAAGGCUAUGACCUCGAUCUGUUUUGUAUUCCUAAACAUUAUUCGAAUGAUCUGGAGAGAGUGUUUAUUCCUCAUGGUCUGAUCAUGGACAGGACUGAACGCUUGGCAAAGGAAAUAAUGAAAGCCAUGGGAGAUCAUCACAUUGUUGCCCUCUGUGUACUCAAGGGUGGUUAUAAGUUUUUCGCUGACCUUUUAGACUACAUCAAAGCCCUGAAUCGCAACAGUGACCAGUCAAUCCCUAUGACAGUAGACUUCAUCCGUUUAAAGAGUUACUGUAAUGAUCAGUCAACAGGAGAGAUAAAAGUGAUCGGUGGAGAUGACCUCUCAACAUUAACUGGAAAGAAUGUACUAAUUGUAGAGGAUAUUAUUGAUACAGGCAAAACGAUGCAGACUCUGCUGAGCAUGUUGCAAGAAUACAAACCCAACAUGGUGAAGGUGGUGAGUUUGCUGGUAAAACGAACUCCCAGAAGUGUUGGAUAUCGACCAGAUUUUGUUGGUUUUGAAGUCCCUGACAAGUUUGUGGUUGGAUACGCACUUGAUUAUAAUGAAUACUUUAGGGAUUUAAAUCAUAUUUGUGUGAUCAGUGAAAAGGGAAAGGAGAAGUACAAAGCAUGAGAUUUAUAGCAUCUGGAAGAAGGUUUGAGAUGCUGACUGUGAAGGCACCCACAGAAGAUAUUUGUGCUCAUCGCUGUGUACUUUUUGCUCUCUGUGAAUCAAUAUUUAAAGGGCCCAUUCAUCAUGAAGAUACUUCAGAAGUGUUUAUUUUUGUACUGUAAUACAUAAAGCUCAACUCUA